AUGUACAUACAUCUUCGCUUAACAGAAAUAUAUGAUACCAGUGACGUUGACGACGGAUGGUUCGGAAAGAUUCAUAUAGUGUUGUUUGGUGAUCUGCUCCAACUGCCUCCUGUGAGACAACUGUCACCAUUCGAAAAUUUGAAGUCGUGUGAUGUUCUUAAAUGUUUAGGAUCCCUUAGUGCUCCAAAUUUAUGGAAAACACUAUUUUGUUAUGAGGAAUUGACUGUCAACAUGAGGCAAAAAAACGACCAACUUUUCGGUGAAAUGUUGAAUCGUUUUAGAAUGGGUGUAGUAACAAAUCAAGACAGUUGCACUUUAUUUAAUAGACUUCUUAAAUUAACUGCUAAAAAUCAAAACGACCGGCUUAAAGAAAUCAUAUCCUAUUUUAGACUGCUGUCCGAUGAUACAGUAUGUUUAUUUCCCACUAAAAAUAUGUGUAACCAAUUUAAUACUGCAAUGUUGGCAAGUAUGGAGCAACCAGAAAUGAAAUUAAAUUCGAUAGAUGAAAUAGACUGUCCACGAUAUUUAAAAAAACGAGAAAAUGAAGUUCUCAAAAAAAACGAGGAUGAUUCAUCGCUCACUGCUGGCUAA